AUGGCUUUAAAUCCCCGAAAGCAAAAACAGAAGAAGGACAUUCAAACGACUGUGGAGCCAAAACAGGGGAAGCCAGGCGUUCCGCUGGUGUCUCAAGAAGAGCAGAGUACAACGACAUCCCAAGAAGCUGUCCAAAAGAAGCCGAAAAACGACAGUGCAGGUGUCUCGAGCCUGGAGCAGAGCAAGAAAACCGAAACUCCGGAUGAGAAGACAGCAGAGCAGACCUCAAACCCAGAUGCUGCUGGCACUCAGGGCUACCUGUCGACGACGGCGUUUGGAAGGCAAUGUGCAAGGAGAGGUCCCGGUGCUAUAGGAAUGAGUGAGAGUGGGCUCAGAGGAAGAACCUUCAAACAGUUUUCUGUCUUCUCUGCGGACCUCUCUCUGGAGCAGUCCACAACUCCACCGGCCAAAAGCGUGACUCCUCAGGAGGGACUUUCGGAUACAGAUGGCCUGGGAAAGAGAAAUACUGGGAUGGAUUUUAAAGCUGGAACCGCAGCAGGAGCCCAGUCUGUACCCGAAGACGUGGAAGGGUCCACGGUUGGUGACCCAUCAACAUGCCGUGAGGACGGGGCCCCGGGAGCCAACAGACCAGAAGCCAUGGCUUCUCUCUCGUCAGCGGCAACCGAGGCCGAAGCGUUUAAGGAUCCUUCUCGCACCCAGUCGGGGAGGGAAGAAGCCUGCAGCUCCGAUUUGCAAGGUAUCCAGCUGAAAAUGGAGUCAGGUCAAGAUACUCCAACUGUCUGCAGAGAAAAGCCCCCUGGAAAGUGUCUCCCGGCCUUCACAGCUGGUAUUUCGGCUCCGCCAAGUGCUUUGGCAAAGAGAGGCGUUUCUGUGGAGACGCUGCCUCUCAGGAGCCUUUCCCCGGCCAUGGUGAAGUUCCAAGCUGAAGAAGAGUCCUCUGAUUCCGAGAGUUCUUCAGAGGUGGGGGCUGGUUCUGAGCAGGUGCCUCCCAGGCCUGCUUCCCAGCAGGAGAAGCCCAAAGGUGACCAAAAAGUCUUCCCCAAACCAGGAAGUUCAGCUGUGGAACCGAGCCGGCCCGGGCAGCAGCUGGCUUCUAGAUCCCCUUCCUGGGCCGUGGCGCGGCCCGAAGCUGAAGAGGCCUCCUUGGAUUCCGAGACUGUUCCAGAGGACGAAGACACCUCAGAGCAGCAGGUGCGUCCCGGGCGCUCUCUCCAGUCGGCGGGGAAGCCCGACCGUGGCCAGGAAGUCUUCACGGAGCCCAAGAGCUUCGCUUCCAAGGUCUUGGGGGAGCCCAAAGUGUCCACCGAGUGGCACAGUUACGCUGACAAGUACAAGAGUGCUGACCCUUCCCGGGCCUGGAAGGAGAAGCCCAAGGACCAAGGAGGAACCCCCUCAGUUUUGAAGAGCGUACUUAAGAAGCGGGAUGUUUCCAUGCAGCGGCUCGCUCUCCAACAGCUUCCUCAGUCCUUCGCGAAGCCGGCUGUUCAGCAGCAAGUGUCGUCCGGCCCGGUGAGGGCUUUGGCACAGCGGGGCAGCUUUGCAGAGCACCUGCUGCCCCAGUCCGGGACGGGCGCCAAGGCCGAGCAGCAAGCCUCUGCGUGUCUGGAGAGCACUGCCAGGGACUGGGGCCUCUCCCUGGAGCCGCUGCCUCCCAGGACCUCUUUGAAGCACCUGAUGAGGCGUAAAGUUGGGCAACCGGUCUCCAAAAGUCCAGAAAUUGCCAUGACCCCAGGGGUCAAUUCCGCGGCCCUCAAAUGUCAUUCUAAGCCUCCCCCGAAACCCACGGCGGGGGAUGCAUUCCCUCCAGGUCCAGGGCACGUGUCUGUUUCGAAGCAAGUGCUGCCGCCCAAGGAUCCUUUCUGGGCCCUGCUGAGAUCGGUAGUUGAGGAACAAGUCCCCCCCGGUGCGGAAAGUGCUGUGGUUGAGAAGGACGCUUCUAUGCAGCCGCUGGUCCCCAAACAUCAGUUCCCCAGGCAACCUGUGGUCCGGCGACAAGUCUCUGUGAGUCCGGAGAGCGCUGCAGCUGAGGGGCGCGCUUCUGGGGGGCCACUGCUCCCCAGACAUUCUGCUCGGCCCCUGGUGAAUCCUCAAAGCCAGCAGAUCUCAGAGAACGCUGCGGUCAAGGGGGGCACAUCUGCCUCGCUGCCUCGCGGAGGCCCUUUCCAGCCCUCGGGGAGGCCCAGACUCCAGGCACAGACCCUCCCCCCCGACUCGGUGAGUGCUUCUGAGGGCAGCGGUCCCGAGGAGAAGAUGCCUCCCCCACACACCUCCCGGGCCUGGGUGAGCCCCAGAGUUGAGCAAAAAGCCUCCUCGGGUUCAGCGAGUGCUCCCGCAGCACGGAGCACUCCGGUGGAGUCAAAGCCUCCCAAAAGCGCUCUGCAGGCCUGGGGCAACCGUAAAUCCAAGCAAGCGGCCUCCACGGGUCUGGAGGGCGCUGUGGCCGAGAAGGGUGGGUCCAAGGCGCAGCCCCCCCCCAGAAUGUCUUCUCAGUCCCCGAUGAAACCCGUGGGGAAACAAGCAGUCUCUGCAGGGCCGGAGAGCGUGGCCGCCAAGAAGGAGGCUUCUGCAGAACCACUGCCUCCCAGGCAGUUUUCCAGGUCCCUUGCGGGACACAAAGUCCAGCAAAUAUCUUCAAAUUUUGAGAGCAAUGCUGCCAAGGGCGCCGUCUCCGGGAAGCCACUGCCUCCCAAGAAUCCUACCCAGGUCUUGGUCAGGUCUAAAGUCCAGGAAAUGUCCUUGCGUCUAGAGAACAAGGCCCUUGAAGGAAACACGUCUAAGAAGUCACCAAUUCCUAGAUAUCCUUCCCAGUCAUUUGUGAAGUACAUGGCAGAACAAGUCUUUUCAGAGAGCCCCGCGGCCGAGCGGGGAAUUCACACGAAUCCCCCAUCUACAAAUCCACCUUCCAAACCUUCGAUGAGGCCCGAGGCCCAGUGCCAAGUCUUCUCAGGUCAGAAGAAUGCCAACAUGGGGGGAGGCAUUUCCUCACAGCUGCUGCCUUGGAAAAGCCCUUUACAGUCCUCAGGGAGGCCCAAAGACCCCAAAGAAGUCUCCUCGCAUUCGGAGAGCGCUCCUGCGAAGUCGAGUGGUUCAAAAAAGCAGCCGCCUCCCAGAUACCUUUCCCACGCACUGGGGAAGCUUGAGUACCAGCAAUAUGGCUCCCUGGUCUCUGUGAGCGCUCUUGAAGACAGGAAGAGUUUUCAAGGCAAGCUGCCUUCUGGAGGCCCUUCCCAAGCCAAGAAGGGGCCUGAAUCACAACCACAUGUUUCCUCAACAGGCUCAGCGAGUGCGCCUGUGGGGUGGAGUUGUUCUGAGGAGCCCCUGCCUCGCAGAUCCUCCUUCUGGGCUUUUGCAGACCCUGAACAUCAGCAACAGGUUCCUUCCGGUUCCGUGGGCGCUGCUGCUGAGGGAGCCAUUUCUGGGAGCAAUCCUAGCAGCCGGUCCGUACCCAAAGGCCCGGCUUCUCCACACGGAAUCAAGAAGCGUAGCCACAGCUCUGAAGACCUCAUUAAGAAUAUCCUGGCUUCUGCUGCGAAACCCGUGAAGUUCACUUUUGCUCCCGCCAGCCAAACAUCCACUUCCGGGGUCACUUACCCUAAGAAGGAAGUUGUCAAGAGCAGUGAUCCAAAUAACAGCCACUCAGACGUGUCCACCACCGAGGCUGAUGUUGAAAACGUCUUUGGGAUUCGAGUGAGAAAAAUCCCUACCUCGGACAAGUUCAAGGAUGAGACACAAGAUGACCGGACCAAGCUUUCUUCACUCUCCCUGGGCCCAAAGUCAUUUCCUAUAUGUAAAGGGAAGCGAAUCAGAAGAAGCGCUUCCCAUGGGUUCCUGGGCACCGCAGAGCACCUCAUCCCAGGAUAUGAGUUUGCAGAGAAGCAACAGGACAGGCCCAAAUCUGAAAUCAUAGCUGGGAAUCAACCCGCUUACAAGGUCCCAGGAAAGGCUCCUGGUCGACAGGAAUAUUAUAGCAUCUCGGAGCCGACUUGGAUAACCGAGGUAAAGGAGAAGCAGAAGAGUUCUCAGGCCCUCCUUCCUAGGAAAGAGCCGAGAACCAAGAACAGAGCCACGAUCAAAGAGCCUUCACGUGCGGGAGAUCUCUUAGAAGAUGAAAACCAACCAGCAAGUAGUUUUACCUUCAACGUCAAUAAACAGGAGCAGAUGGCACUGAAGAAGCUACUUCAGCUUACCAAAGGAGUCCCUUUCGUGAAGAAUUUGACGAGCAAUUUAGGAAACCAUGGUCUGGCCACGGAAUAGUAGGACCCAACAUUAACACCAGUCCGGUUUCUACUCAAAUCUGUGUCUCCCGAAGCAACCAAAUGUGUGAUUGCUUAAAAUAAAGAAAGAAAGAAAAAAGAAAGAAAGAAAGAAAGAAAAGCCUUUGGCGAUUCUAAUGUGUAACCCGCCUUGAGAACCACGGGUUGAGUCUAAGCCACUAAGUCAGCGGUAAAGCGGAAUGAAGAGAUAACAUAACUAUCUGCUUCCUCUCCGGUCUCAAUUCAGAAGUGCAAGGCCAUCCGGUAACAACAAUCGGCCGAAGAUUGGCAGUGACAGCUGUAGGUGUUUUCUCUCAGGCCUUCCCAUGCCCAGGCCCCUGUGGCCAUAGCCAUGUAGAUUUUGUCCCUUCGACAUCCCACCCGGGGCAGUGCACAUGCGCUGGCUCUUAGAAGCCAGAGGAAAGCUGAAAGGAGGAAGAACCAUACUGCUCUCCCAUCGACGUAGCUCCGUGUCUCUUACCGCGUGUGUGUCAUUUGCUGUGGUUCUUGUAGGAUUUGAAGAUGAGGGGACGUUCAAGAGCUCGCCGUGGGAAAAGGAAUCCAGCGCUCUUC